AUGGCUUCCUCUGAUUUUGCAGCAAGCACUACGACCACCAUGUCUACAGGCUCCCCCUCAGUUAACAUCUCUCGUGAAGCAACAUGGAAGGCACAGGGUUAUCACGCCCGCAAACCCCAACCUCACCACUUGGAGAUGGAGGACUAUUUCGCCGGUCCUAGAGAUAUGGCAAGACACUCCAAACUGCCCUUCUUCAUGCGCUUGCACGGCAGUGUCUUGCCCAAGAUGCUCCUUCCCCUGCUCUUCAUUGGCGGCUGGUCAGUCCAUUCUUCUACCUCAUGA